AUGAAACGGUGCAUCGUGGCGAGGUGUGCGGCGCAGCUGGCCGUGGCUUUGCGAGAGGUUGUUCGACACGCCCCCGCCUCGGGCAUUCCUUUGGCGGAGCUCGAGGCAGAACUCAAGGAGUGCAUGCAAGCAGCACCAACAGAGGCCGAGGUGCCGGAGCCCGUCUCGUCCUGGCGGAGGGCGCUGCCGGAGGUGAACGCUACGCACUUUGUCAGCAGGGCUGCGUUGUACCCCUGCAACUGGGAGGAGACGAUGCGGAGGGUUGCGGCUGCCAUACCGCAUGAAGGGGUCACAGAGAAGGAGCUUGUUGAGGGAAUCGUAGAAGAGGAGCCACGCUUUUUGCCUGACGUUUCUCUUGGCGAACCCGUCUCCAAAUGGAUCCAGCGUCGCUUCCCACAUAUUAUUUGGGUGUCUCGAUCGGCGGCGAAUGGGACUCCCAUCUACCGCGCCGUGGGAGAACCAUUAUCACCCGAGGCGGAGUGCAUCACCAGGGUGCUGCAGCUGCUGGGUCGCAGGAAACUUCCUGUGUAUACAGAUGUGAAUCUCAUUGUCCCGCUCCUCCCCGUCUCUAUGAGCCCCGAGAAAGGGAAGUGGCUGCGCUUCUUUGAGCACGAGACGGUGCGGCGACACUUUGACGUGGACGUGGAGGCGUUUGUUCGUCUCUCACCUGACCGAUCUCCUUCUACCGUAUUUGUAGACGCCACAAGUGUGGAGGUGACGCAGGUUGAUGCAAUUUUAGCGGGGAAGGGCAUCCUUGACUCCCUCUGCGUUGUUAAGUUGUUCCGCCGUCCAGACGGCCCUGCGUGGUCUGCCGAGGAUGUCAUUGUGCAAAGCUUCCUGGAACCGGAGCAUGCCAUUGGUGCGGCGAUUGCCUCUAUGGAGAGGAGGAAUGACGUGAGGGUGUACGUCCUCUGCGGUGAUGGAGCAAAGGAACGGUAUAAGGCGGCACUGGACGAUUUGCUGGGGCAGGGGGAUACGAUGGUUACCAUCUGCACGCCAACCAACGACGAGGUGGUCUCCGCGAAGAAGCGGUAG